GCACGGUGCUUGGAGACAGGUGCUGCGGCCUGAGCACAGGACAAGAACUGGGUAGGCGCCCGUGAUUGCCGCGGUCAAAGUUUUGAAAGGCCUCCACGAGGAGUCUCCUGACCAUGGUGGCAGGGGGACGCGCGGGCAAAGAUCAAUGCCUCAUCUCGUUUCGACGUUGGCCUGGAGGUGACUAGUCUGAGCAAGGUGGGGGUCACGUUCUGCGGAUGCCGCUGCUGCAUGCACCCUGGGAGCGCUCACUGCACAUCGCGCACGCUGCGACACGUCGUUGGCGUUCACCGCCGGUCGAGGUGCGCUGCUGCGAGCAGACGUCGGCGCUGGUUCGCAUGCUGUGCCAUGGGCGAGAGCCGGCGGCGAUGCUGGCGGCGGUCGCGGGCUCUGGAUGGCAUCAUUGCGGGACAAAUCUCCGCGAACCUUCCAUCGGGAGAUGGCAUAAUGGUCUGGCACGGUUCCGGCUGCCCCUUAGCACGACGACGCAAGAGAGAUGAUGCCAAGGGCGUGGGGAGCUCUGACCAAGGCCCGUUUCGUCGCACUGCAGGCCCAAUGAUCGACACGUCCCUGGUCGCGCGCUGGCUGCCGGCAGCGACGGUCGCUCGGACGCCGCGCUGGCCAGCAGCUCGCCGCGCAGACGGCCGCGCUGCAGCGAAAUGGCGAUGGGCGGCGGCGGCGGCCAGGACGCGCACUAGGCAGGCGUGCAGUGCCUGCACCGAGCCUAGCAGGGCAGCCAGCGCUGCAGAAUCUGAUGCCUGGUCCGUCUGCGCAGCUGCAGUGUGGGGCCGCCAGAAGCGGGCUAGGGCCGCAGUGAACCUGGCCGGCACGUGGCGGCGCUUGGCGGCGCGCCCCCCAGCACCGGCACUGUCGCCUCGCGCACGACAAAACCGAACGCUCAUACGUCAACCCAGGUGCCGGGCCAUGUUCCUUCGAGCUCCUCCGGCCGCCAACGGCGCUCGCGAGAUUCCAGGGCGCACCGCGCUGAGCGCCCGUUUCUCCGAGCCCUCCGGUGCUGCCUGUGAGGGUUUGCAGUCACGGCACGGCCCUGGACGUGGGCGGUGAAGUGAAGAGGCCUCCCUGCCGCCCGCCAUUGGCUUGCGUGCCCAUCGCCUCAACUCGAUCCCAAAGGGGAAGUGGGCCGAGCCAUCCGCUUUCGACGGCGCCUGCGGUGUGUCGACGAGCUUGAGCCUUCGCGACGCUGGCUCCCAGACAGCCCAUGGCCGCUCCAGCUCGACGCCAUGCGAAGCCUUGCGCUGCUGUGCCCACGGACCACGAGGCCGCCGCCGCUUCUAGUCACCCUCCAGAAGCCUGCGCUGCGCGAACGAGGCUCCGUCUGUCUUCUGACACGGCCGUCCUCGCGCGCCACCGUAGUCGUCCCAGCACAGCAACAACGCCGACACUUCAGGCCCUGGAUCCGCUUCCUGCAGUCUCCAUUCAACGGCGCCUUGAUACCGAGUCCCUCUGUGCGCGUCACAAACUUUACCAGGUUUCACACCUGCAUUUCCCCGCAGGGUGCACGUCC